AACUUCAGUCUUGACCGAUUCCUACGCGUCACGCCCGACUUCUCUAAUACACUUUAUAUCCCAGCACUGCUGCGUAACGCCCGGGCUAAGAUGACUCACAGCGCUUAAUUGCAAUACUAUAGAUCACACAGCUUAUUCUGGAUCCUCCACCAGGGACAAGUGAUCCGAGCCCCGCAUCUCUUGCGGUCCGGAGACUGGCUGCUGUGAGCGCCCACCCUGGUAUUUGCCCUGUGAUCAGACAGCGAGGCAAUUCAUCUGGUCACUCGGCAGCCUUGUGGUGGAUUUCCCACAAAUUGUCCGUUGGUGAUCAGUCAGGCACGGGCAUAAGAUAUGACGAAGGGAUCCCUAUAUCCCAUCCGUCUCUUGUUUGAUAGAGACUACUAAAAGACAAUAUUCCAUGAGCACUAGUUGGAUUCUAUCAGAGAGCCCCUGCUCGACUAACCUCCUUAAACGGGUCCAUCAGGCAGAUGAAUCAACUGUCACCACCGGGUCAGAACCGGUGUCACCUCGAAAAUCUACCCGUGGAGAUACUUCAGGAGAUCUUCUUCCGCUGCCUUGAAUUCAAUCUCCCACGGGCCUCUCUGUACAUCUCCAGGGUUCUUUCUGAUCCCACGGUCUACACUUGGCUUAUCCGACUUGCCUUCAGCAGCGCCAACGAGAGCUCAAAGAGAGACUUCUUUACUCCAGACUUUCUACCACCGCCUCUGGCCUUCUUUGCGCUGUCUGAACCUCAGAGAAGGGAUCUUCAAAAUGAAAUUCUGGCUUCUCGUUGGUGCACACUACCCCUGAUGCGCAAGUGCCAAAGGGAGUACGUGGAACAUGCCAUCCGCCGCAAAUGUCGAAACCUAGACCUGGCCCCUGAAGAUCACUCUGCUCUAGCCAACAUCAGCAGUCGCUUCAGUAACCUAGAAAAUUGCGACAAAGGCUGGGGAGGAAGCCGCAGCAAAGGCGAUUUGAUUCUGAAAGCUCGCGACCGAAACACCGACGUAGACUACAAAGUCGCCGUGUGGUUUCAUUUCGGGGCGUUCCAGGUCCGCAAGCCCAACAAGCUCGUCACCGACCUGGAUGUCUUUCGCCUUCCAUGCUGCUUGCCGGAUCUGCCCGCUCGCAUGCCCAACAAACUGCUCGGUCGACCUUGGACCGACACGAAGCUUGAAUUUCUCCAAUUGCUCUCUAUGGACGCGUACAUCGACGCAGACGAUACUUUCACCCGUUCGCGGCGUAUCCUUCGCCAGGUCAUUCGGGACCGUGAUUUUGCGACCUUCCAGCGACUCAUCCACAUGCGCAUCCGCUGCCAGUGCUACAAAUACCCAGUGCGCUGGCCUGUCCUCCCAAACCACUUCCAGGUGGCAUUGAAGUACGCAGACGAGUAUGACGACCCAUUCAUCAAACUACUGGUCGAGCAACGCUGGGAGGAGAUCCCUGCCAAUCUGCUACAUCUCAAAGACCAAUUGAUGUCUAAAGCAGGAAUGAGCCAUAUAUGAUAACGUGUUUAAUCAGCAUGCGCUUCUAUUAAGAUUGCAUUGUUAUAAUACACUUGUGGGGAAUAGAACUGAAAACACAAAAGCCGAUAGAAACCAAAAGGCGAAACAUCAUGCGUAUCCAUCGUAACU